CGGAGUCCAAUGGGAGCGUGACGCUGGGGCCGCGCAGGCGCGGUGCAGACUCUCCCGGAAGUCAGUGUCUGGGUGCUGAGCGCGAACUUGAGAAGAUGAACCCUUUAACUAAAGUGAAGCUGAUCAACGAGCUGAAUGAGCGUGAGGUCCAGCUUGGGGUGGCAGAUAAGGUGUCCUGGCACUCCGAGUACAAGGACAGCGCCUGGAUCUUCCUGGGAGGGCUUCCUUAUGAACUGACUGAAGGGGACAUCAUCUGUGUGUUCUCACAAUAUGGGGAGAUUGUUAACAUUAAUCUGGUGCGGGACAAGAAGACUGGGAAAUCCAAAGGAUUCUGUUUCCUUUGCUAUGAAGACCAGAGGAGCACAAUUCUGGCUGUUGACAAUUUUAAUGGGAUCAAGAUCAAAGGACGAACUAUCCGAGUGGAUCAUGUGUCUAACUAUCGAGCUCCUAAGGACUCAGAAGAAACAGAUGAUGUGACCAAAGAACUCCAGGAGAAGGGCUGUGGCGCUCGCACCCCCUCAGUGAGUUCAGCUGAGGGUUCUGAAGAUGACAAACCCACAAAAAAACACAAAAAAGACAAAAAGGAAAAAAAGAGAAGAAAGAAAGACAAAGAGAAGACUGACCGGGAGGUACAGGCAGAGCAGCCACCCUCCUCUUCACCACCCAGAAACAAGAUGGUAAAGGAAGAGGAUGACCCUGACUCUAAAAAGCACAGCAGCAAGAACUCAGAGAAGGGCCAGAAGUCAGAGCUCAGAGAGCUGCGAAAGCACCAGCACAGCUCUCCUGAGGUCAGGGCGACCUGCCGCGGUGGCGCAGAGGACAGAGAGAGGGAGCUGAAGAAAGAGAAGGUGAAGCAUGAACAUAAGUCCUCAAUCAGGAAGGAAGAGAGAGAAGAAAAGAACAGAGAUAGAGAGAGAGUUCGAAGCUCAGACACAUAUUCCAGCUGGCCCAGUGGGCGUUCUGAGGGGUGUAGUCAGAGAAGUAGAAGUAGGAGCCGAGAGAGGUCGAACAGGCAUAAGAGGGCCCGGCACUCCUGGGACCGGGAGUCCUCUAACCUCAGUGACCGCAGGCACCAUUGAAGCCGCGGCCUGUCUGGUGGCCCGAUAGAACUGGAAAUGAAUGUGCGCUUUCAAAUGCAGUCAUAUUCAGUUAGGCUUUUACUGUUACUGUAAGUAAACUCUCUGAAGCUGAAUUCUUCCAAUCCCUUGAGUACUAGAGUCACCGAGAGCUGUAGUUUUAACAGCCACAGAGCCUGGAGUUUUGAGUAAAUUUCUUUUUCCUGGGAAUUUGCUCAGUACUUAGCAGACGAGGUAUCCUAGAUUUGGUUUCAUAAAUGUGGCCCUUGAAUUUACGACCCCCAUUCAUGACGAAAUUGCUAGGAAAGGGGAAAUACCAAGCAGUUCUAGAAUUCUAGUCUUUGUGCUAGAGGUGUGGGUGACCUUUCCGUUGGCAGGUACAGCCGUAGCAUAGAGAAGGGUGGUUUGACUAGGUCUGGACAACUUGAUAUGAAUGCAAUAGUGAUUCUUAACACCAGGCCCCUCCCUCUGCACCCACCCUCCUUUUAAAAAAUUUUUAAAAAAAUGUCUCUUUUUUAACAUCCAUGCAUCUCCUUGCUAUUUAUUUAUUUAUUUAUUUAAUUUUAUCAAGGUGAAAUUCAUGUAACAUCAAAUUAACCAUUUUAAAGGGAACAAUUCAGUGGCAUUUGGUACAUUCAUGGUGCACCAAAACGCCACCCCUGUGUAGUUCUAAAACCUUUCCACCACCCCAGAAUGAAACCCUGUGCCCAUGAAGCAGUUACUCUCCAUUCCCUCCUCCUCAUCCCUGUCGACUACCAAUCUGCUUUCUGUUUCUGUGGAACUACCUAUUUUGGACAUUUUAUUUCAGUGGAAUCCUACAACUUACGGGCUUUUGUGUCUGCGGUCACUUGUGUGUUUGAGGUUCAUCCAUAUUGUAGUAUCGGUCAGUACUUUGUUCCUUUUUAUUUUUUUUAAAGAUUUUUAAACAUUUAUUUGUGAGCGAGAGCACAAGCAGGAGGAGUGGUAGG